AUGGCCAAAUCCCACGCUGUAGUCAACGGUGUCGCGUCGUCGCACGAGUACACCCAAGAUGAACUGGUGGUUCGGGAUAUCAGAAAGCUGGUCAUAGACUGCUGUCGCCAGAACGGCGGGGGACACGGAGGCUCCGCCAUCGGCAUGGCGCCUUUGGCGGUCGCUCUCUGGGGCCACGCGAUGCGGUACAAUCCCAAGAAUCCCUUCUGGUUCGACCGCGACCGCUUCGUCCUGUCAAACGGGCACGCGGCCAUCUUGCUGUACGUGAUGCUCCACGUUACGGGGUACGCGCACAUGACGAUGGACGAGUUGAAGCUGUACGCCAGCGCCAAGGGGCUGAAAGAUGGGAAGUGGCAGACAACACUGUGCCAUGCGCACCCUGAGAACGAAGUUCCCGGGGUGGAAGUGACGACGGGCCCGUUAGGUCAGGGCAUCGCCAACGCCGUCGGACUGGCCAUCGCGUCGAAACACAUGGCGGCUCGGUAUAACAGGGACGGGUUCGAGAUAACUACCUCUCGAAUAUAUGUCACUUCGGGUGAUGGCUGUCUACAGGAAGGGGUGGCGCAGGAGGCUCUCGCGCUGGCAGGGCAUUUGAAGCUCGACAACCUUUGUCUCUGCUAUGACAAUAACGCUAUUACUUGCGAUGGGCCGCUGGAUUGGAUCUCGACCGAGGAUACCAACGCCAAGAUGAGAGCGCUGGGGUGGAACGUGAUUGAUGUAUUCACAGGCGACACAUCGGUCGAGGACAUCGUCGCCGCGCUGCGGCUCGCGAAAUCCACCAACGGCAAACCAACUUUCAUCAACAUCCGAACGACAAUCGGAUAUGGAAGCGCAACGGCCGGAACAGCCAAAGCCCAUCAUGGGACGUUUACCGACGAAGAUCUGCUCCCUUACCUGACCCACAGCGACGGUAUCAACCAGGAGACCCACCACAUCUCGGCCCAGGUCAAACAAUACUUUGACAAAAAGCAAGAGGAGGGCCGUCUAGCCGAACAAGUCUGGAACGACAGGUUGAAGCGCUAUAUGUGCGCAUUCCCCGAAGAGGGCGCGGAGCUGACAAAGCGAUUGAGCGGCGAAAUCGAGUUCAAGGAACUUCUGUCAAAGCUCCAAGCACCAUCUCACGAGCAAUCUACCCGGCAGGCCAACGGGUUUAUCUUCAAUAAAUUGCUAGCCAGCAUUCCGCACAUGAUGCCCGGGGGUGCAGACCUGUGGAACUCCAACGCCCUAGGCGACCAGUCUGCUCAGAUCCUCGACGCCGCAAACCCUGGCGGCAGAGUAGUCCGGUACGGGAUCAGGGAACAUGCGAUGGCCUCGAUCGCCAACGGUCUAGCCGCGUACUCUGAGGGUGCCAUCCUACCGACCACCGCGACCUUCUUGAUGUUCUACCUCUACGCCGCUCCUGGAGUGAGGAUGGGCGCCCUCAGCCACUUCAAAGUGAUCCACAUCGCCACGCACGACAGCAUCGGCGAGGGCCAGAACGGACCGACCCAUCAGGCCGUCGAGCUCGACUCGCUGUACCGCGCCAUGCCAAAUUUCCUCUUCAUCCGCCCCGCGGACGGCGAGGAGGUGAUUGGGGCGUGGCUGGCCGCGCUGUCUCAGAAACGCCGCCCGUCCAUGAUCUCCGUGGCGCGGGAUCCAGCAACAGCCCCGGCUCACAACACUAACAGACACGCGGUCCUCAAAGGCGGGUACGUGUUACAAGAAGAGAACAACGCCAUCGUCACACUCAUCUCGUGCGGGUCCGAGUUACAGUUCGCCGUGCAGGCCGCUGCGAGACUCACCGCCGACGGCAUCGCCACCCGCGUGGUCAGCAUGCCCUGCGUGCAGCUCUUCAGCGAGCAGAGCGAGGAGUACAAAGACUCGGUCCUGUCGGAGACUCCGUACACGAUCUCGGCGGAGGCGUACAUCUCCACCAUCUGGGCGCGGUACUGUAACGCGUCGAUCGCGAUGGACUCGUUCGGCUUCUCGGGGGGUAGCCUCGCCAAUUACGGCCGGUUCGGCCUGGAUACGGAGGGGGUUUACCAGAAGGUUACGAGAUAUGUCAAUUCGCAUCGUGGUGGGAAGAAGCCUCGUAGAUGGACUUUACUCAAGUAG